AUGGCGGCACAAACUGCAAGAGCCUGUUCUUUCCUUGAUCGCCAGUGGACUCUAGAGGACGUGAUUAUAAUCCCCUCUGAUUCCGAUUCCGAUUCCGACUGCGGCACAGAUAGCGGCGACGAGGCGAUAGACAGUGUUCUGCAUAUGAACCUGUUACAUGACCAACAUCCUGACGACUCACUUCCUUCUAUCUCUGCGAUUGUGGCCUCUAUGGUUAACGUCCGACGAGAUCCAAUGGAAGGCAUUGAGAGUUCAACAAAGAAGCUUUACGUGGCAAAGGAGGGAGAAAGUUAUGAUUCAUCAUCCCCCGGCUCGCCUGCAGAUGUGCCUUUUGCUUCGACUGUUCUCGAGAGUUCGGGGGUUGGCACCGACUCUGAUCUAUUGGUAUCUCCGGCAAUCCAACAACAUGAUGAUACCGUGAGCCCUGAGGUUUCCGCGUCCAUAGGAGGGUCUCGCGUAGUCACGGCUGCCUCCCAUUGCAACUCGGCGCAGACCACCCCUAUCUUGUCUUUAAACGACAAAGAACUGCAUCAGCAGUAUGCCAAAUCUUCCGACCAGGCUCGGCCUUUGUCCGCAAUCGACCUCAUCCAGCUUUCCCCGCCGCAAAAUCCCAGCCUUAUGUCGUCAGACCGGUGCAGUCAGAUUUGUAACACCAAUGAUGACCACGGCCAUAGGGACGGAAUAGUUCCGCAAAGCAACCUGUCGGUGAACAAAACCGCGGCGAAGGGGAAGAAGCCUGUGUGGCACAACAGAAACGUCGCAAGGUUAUGUAACCCCAACCAGAAGCUCCUAGAUCGCAGCAAGGCGGGUCAGACCUAUCGCGAAGUCGAAACCACGCAUAUUGAGGAAGAACAUGACGAAAGACAGCGAUAA